AGUGAGUGUGCCAUCAGGUAAAAGAUAAUCAUUUUCACGGAUAACAUUUCUUUGCUUAAGUAAUGUCGGCUGUGUAAAAGUGAUGAAUGAAUAGGACAACAGUACGUUCCUAGAUGGCGUCGUCGGUUCGCACCGGAAACCCGGCAACCCGCGACACGCGCUCGCCUAGAAAACAGUUCAAAACAAGUUUUUCCAAUGUUUUGCCACCCGUCUCCCAUCGAAAAUUAUCCACCGUUAAUCAGUUAAUUAACGUGCCGAAACCCUUUAAUUGCUCGAAAAACCGGAAAAAACCGAUUCAUUGAUAAUAUGACGCUUCAUUCAUGCGUUCCGACUUUAUUGAUCCGAUCAUCUGACGUUCCUUUGAGAAAUCCUGGCGUUCCGAAAAGCGUUGACCUACUCUACUAGUCCGACUGUUUACAAAUUCGUCGGAUAUGGACGAAUUUUCUUGCCAACGACGUUUUCCACGGGUUCGGGGCGGGGUACACUGAGCCCCUACGAGCGGAAAAACUCUCGGUUAACGUACGUGUGUGAACUGUGAAAACUCAAUGGUGAACGGUGCGUAAACUUUUCCACAGUGCUUUUUUUUCUUUCAAUAGAGACCUGGCAAGGUUCAGAGUAUCAAUAAGAAAUGGACCGAGAAAUAGACCAGUCUGAAUGUUCAGCGGCAGCAAGAAGAGAAAGAAAUUUUCCAGCUCUGGAUUUAAAAGACCAAAGCAAUUUGACGACAGACAACCAGCCGGUCUUGGUGGUCCAGAGUCCAAAGACGCCCACCUUGUCCAGGAAAUUGAAGGCAGUUAGUUUGGAUAGCGAACCCCAACAACAAACUGGAAAUUUGGAGGUUUCCAGAGAUGUCAUUUCUAUGCCCAACACCCCGAAGAAACAAGUCCGUCAGAAGCUCUCCUGCGACUUGGACGACGGCUCCUCACACCCCAGGACCACUUUGGCGCCCAGUUUUAGUUCGAACCUAAAAAAGUUCGCUUCCAACAACAGUAUUUCAGGUUCUCAAACGUUGAAAACCCUCCCGGAGAUAAACGCCCUGCAAGAUUUCUCCGAUUGCCCGAACCCGGAGCCCCAUAAAGUGAGGACCAAGGGACUUUUGGAGAGGAGGGGCUCCAACGCGAGCCUCACUAUUGACCUGGGCUCCACCCAAAGUAUCUCCGAGGCGAAACCGGUGCCUCUGAGCAGACUAAACCCUGCCAAAAGUGUUUCUAAUUUAUAUAUGAGUUCGAUUAGUUGCGCCGAGUGUGGAUGUGUGAGGAAAGGAGGAGGAGGAGAGUUAAAGACUAGUACAGACCGUCGUAAAUCCCAAGAAGCCUGUAAUAAUUGCACAAUAUACGAGUCGGAGGCGAAAGUGAGUAAAACCCGUUUCCAAAGCGUCAAAAGGUGCCACUGCUGCGCCAAAUCUCGAAGGAAAUCGUUGUCCAACGAGAACUUAUACGUGCCCCCCUGUAGCUUCUGUGAGGCGGAAAAGGAGGGUUGUAGUAGUACCGAAAUGAGGAACGGCAAAGUAAAUAACCGUAAAGCGGUGUUUCCCAAACAACAAAACCUGGACUCCUCGCAGCUCUCGGACGAUUUCGAGCUACACUUGCAAAACAUUCAGUAUUUAUUGACUGCAGGCAAAGUUAUGACUGUGGAAGAACUAAAACAGUCCUGUGAGCUUUCCAGGGUCCCGAAGCUUCAGCAAGAGUUUUGGGAAGUACCGUUGAACUUGCAGGAGAAAUGUUACGUGUCAGGAAGCCAAAGCAAAAACAGAUAUAGGAAGAUCUUACCGAAUGAACAUAGCAGGGUCCCGUUGCCCAGUGGAGGUUACAUUCAUGCUAAUUAUAUAAAGGGUCCCGACUAUACUGACACCGCUUAUAUCGCCACUCAGGGGCCGCUCUCGCAUACCUGCGCGGAUUUUUGGGAAAUGGUUUGGCAUUCACAGUGCAAAUGUAUUGUGAUGCUAACGGGACUGGUAGAGAAGGGCCUGAAUAAGUGCGAACUCUACUUCCCUUUAGGGAAAAACUCUGACACAACAGAAAAGACUUUUCAUUACGUGAAAACUUCAAAGGUUCGUGACAAAUUCACGUUUGACACCCCGAGCAGCUCCUCAAGCCACUACGAAGAAGAAACGUUCGAGUUCGAGGAGAAAAACGAAGUGACUUACGGGAAAUUUCGUAUCGUUUAUUUAGAUAAGGAGUACUUGGACGAAUGUCAAAUACGACGGUUGGAAUUGCGAAAAUUGGACUCCAACAUUGGCCCCAGGAUAAUUUACCAUUACUGGUUGGCCAAUUGGCCCGACCAUAAGAAGACUAACGCCGAGCAAGUCUUGAAAAUGGCUUUGGACGUGCUACGGUGUCUGGAUUGCACCAAAGACUAUAACAUAUCAGAAUCUCUUAGUACCUGUACAAAACCCCACGACCAGUCCGCAAACGAUCUCAAUAAACCCAGUAGCGGCGAUCAGAAGUUCACAUUCGACUCGGCGGUCACGACCAGCUGCGACAGCUACUCAGAAAGUUCAUCGGUGACGCGUAGUGACGGUCAAGUGACCGAAACCACCACCAGUAGAACUUUCACGUUUAACAUUAACGCCGCCGGUCCGGUGAGUUUCGGUGAAAAUUCCGCUCAAGUACGUCACCACCACCACCAUCAUCAGCAUCAGGAGUUGCAGAAAAGUCGCGAGGGUUCGAUAUCGGACUUUAACAAGGAAACGUUGACGAACCGGUGCAGUUUGGACUCGAAAUUGCAAAAUUUCAAUAAAAUGGCGCAUUUCAAACGGCCGACCGGUCCUGAUCGGAAAAGGUCAACGGAAAACGUCAAGUUGCCGAUCGUGGUGCACUGUAGCGCCGGAAUCGGUCGGACCGGAUGUUUUUUGGCCAUUUUGAAUGGCAUUCAACAGUUGAAGGCCCAUAAUACGGUCGAUAUUUUGGCGAUUUUGUGCUCCCUCAGGAUCAAUCGGGGUGGGAUGGUGCAAAACGCCGAACAGUAUGAGCUGAUCCAUCGGGUCUUAAGUUUGUUUUGUGAACGAUUAUAGGGACGAUUGGUAGCUAAUUGUUUUUUGACCGAUUCGCUCGUUAAAGAGAUCGUCAUUGGAGAGAUGGGAAAUGUUUGAAGUGGGUAUUUGGUUUUGUAGUACAGGUUGGCCCAGCGGGAGUCGCACUAUUCCGAGAGAAGUCACAGAAAUUUGGUUAUUGGGAAAAUAUUUUCAAGUUUGUGUAUUGGUCAUAUCAAAAAUAGAAGUUGGUUUCACUUAUACAGUACUCCACAAGAGUUUGGAAAACUAAUAAAAUCUAAAAUAAUCUUCAAAUGCAAUAGCAUUGAGAAAGUUAACAUUUUAUAUACAGAAAUAUGAAGGGAAGCUGACCAAUGAGGCGAACUCGACCAAAAUUAUUUAUAAUGUAGGAUUUAUUAAAAAAAUUUUAUUGCAUUUUGAUUUUAUAGUAAACUUUCAAAAAUACCUUAAUACUUAUUUUUUUUAACAAACAAUAUUGAAAUAGGAGUAAAUUAUUAGCCGAAUUAAAUUCUAUGAAUCUAUUAAAUUCUGAUUUUAAAGACUUAUUAGAAAAAGAAUCAAGUGGUCAUUCUUUAAACUUAAAAGAUUUAUCGUCAGAUGACGAAGAAGUCAUUGUACCAAUUGAGGUUAAUGCUGUCGAAACAGCUAAGCUAGACUAAAUAUCGAAAUGGUGGUUAUAUAAUAUUUAAUUAAAAAGUCUGUUAAACAUUAUAUAGAAGAGUUAGAUUCACUAGUUAAAAUUUAUUUAAAUCAAAUAAAAUCAAAUAUAUUACAUAAAGUAGGUAGGGGAAAAUUGGCUAAAACGGGAUACCUAAAGUGCUUUAACCCAUUACUUACUAACUAUGCUAAUGAUAUCCAUAAUUUUUUACCUGGAACUUCCUCAUUGACUCUCUUUUAUGAUUAACUGAAUCGCUUAUUUGUGAAGAGAUCUAAGUCACAAAAAUGACUUUUUGAGAAAAUCGAAAAAAAGUGUUUAUAUUUUUAACUUAAUAAAAAUAUAUAUAUUUUUUUUGGGGCAUAGUUACAAUUCGUAUAAUGUGUACUAUUUCUACUUAUUUACAAUUUUUUUUUAAAGCAAAUAUUGUUUUAUUUAUAAUAUUGUUGAUCUGACUUAUAUCCUUUCACGAAUUAAUUUAAAAACUUCAAUAAAAUCAUUCGUUUUGUAAAUUAUAUUACUAAAUUUAUAAUAAAAAACAACAUCAUUGAUAAACUUUAUUCUCAAAUAUAUAGAACUAAACAUAUUGAACAUUUAUGAUGAAACAAAAAAUCACAUUUCAAUGAUCUAUAAGACAAAACUUUUAUUAUUCAUGCUCAGCUUCCGCAUCAGUGGUUGGCCAGGCCAGUAUUUUCUCAUAAAAGUCCAUAAAGUUUUCAGGAAUAUAACCAGUUACUUUCCUGAUAUCAUUAAUUUUUUUUAUAUUAAUUGGAAUUUUUUCCCCCGGAUAAGCUCUUUCAUUAGCCAGUUGAACAAUUCCAGCAUCAGGAAUUUUUAACAAAAAAGAACUCUUUUGUACUCCAUCAAUAUACUUUAAGGCUUCAACAGUUCCUUUCCUUUCAUGAUUGUAGCGAAACUCCAUAAAAGUGGAAACUGCGAAUGACUCUUUUUUUGAACGUGGAAUAGACCUAGCACUGCUCUCCAAGGAAAAGCAAGUUUUUUUUAUAGUACUUGGACCACCAGUUUUUAAAAUUUAACACAUCAUCAGUAUCGACUAUUUCGACAGUAAAUUUUUGCCCCUUUGCAGCAUUGCAAAUUACUUCACACACUUCCAUGGGUGUAUACAGCCUGUCUAUGCGAUUUAGUUUGCGUUUGACUAAACCAAAGUCACGAUCGCACGGCAAAAAUGAAUGGCCGCGAAUCGGAAAUUUGUGAACAACUUUUUCAAACAUUCCACUGUCAGUAAGAGCAAGACAAAAGCGAGUCAUAACAUUGUUCUUAUUUUGGCCCCCAGAACCGUCACUAUAGAGAUGAAGUUCUUUUACGCUGGCAGGAACAUUUUGUUUUAUAUAUUUGAAUAAAAAAGAACAUGUUUCAUUUGGCCCUUUUUUAGCCAGACCUUCAUGGUAAAGAAAAAACUGAGCACUUCCAUUUUUUAGAUUGUGAAUACCAAAAGGAAAUAAAGAAAGCUGACGUAAGUAAAAAAUAUCCUGUACGGGAAUAGUUGGCAACGAAAUAUUCUGCAUAUAAUCAAAACAUAGUCCGAGAACUCUAUCAUUUUCUUUGCACAUUUUUUCUGUAUUUUGUAUGCUAGUAUUAAAUUUUUUAGAACGUCUUUUGUGCACCAUAAGUUCAGCUAAAGCAGCUCUUUUCGCUGUUUCAUUUAAAGAGGAACUUGUGGAUUUAAUUUCAAGUUCCUCGCAUUGACAACACGUAUCUUUGGUCUUCGGUAAUCGUAACUUGCGGUCGUCCAAAUUUAUAAUCAAAAUGCUCUUUAAAAAUUUUGUAAUAUGUCGAAUAUUUCACAUCAAUUUCUGUAUGCUUUUCUUUGAAUAAGCUAUGCAGCUUCUUGACAUUUAACUUUGCAUCCAGAUAUAGAUAUUCUUUGGAUGCAUAGUGACUAUGUUUAACAGGAAAUGUUGAAAUGUGUUCACAGACUAUCUGAAUAAUAUUACCUGGAACAGUUUUUCGAUUAUUUUGUAGGCCUCUUAAAUCUCUCGGGGAUUUUCCAAGAUUCAAAAGAAGUUGCAACCGUUGUACUAACUUAGAACUUAUGCCAUGCAAGCUUAAAAAUGCUUUUUUGCAAACCUUUCGUCUCUCUGUGUUAACCAAUACAAAAUAUUCAAAAGAUGAACUUCUUUGUUUUGCUUCUUCUUUCCGUGGCCGCCUGUUCUUGAUAUUGUUUGACACCAAUAGUCCUUGCAGGUAAAUAUCUUGUUCGUUUUUGGUUGAAAAAGAACGAAACUUAUUCAUUAUGUGAAUUUGUUCUGCUGGAGUUAGUUUUUCAAAACAUUUUAGCUUGCACCUGCAAGAAUUCAUUCCCAUUAAAAAACUUCUUAAAAAACUUAAAAUUUUGUUAAACUUACAUGCAUGGCUCGCCAACAGCUUUUCCUGGAACCAUGUUAUCUCGAUAGUUUCUAUACGGUUGUCCCAGCAAUCGACUUUUCUUAAUUCUCACAGCUUUAUAUUCAUCUGUGUUUUUAACUCCCUUUUUUCUCUUUUUUUCAUAUUAUUUAGUAUAUUAAAAAAGAAACCAAAUAGAAAAACUGAAAUAUUUAGUCCGAACACGUUGGCUAACAAAACAAUAAUAAACAACUUUUCGUAAUGGCCACGUGCAUACCGAUGCGGCGCGACUGCCGCCAGUCCGUGUAAAUUUAUGAAAUGAUUUAAGUCACUGACUCAUACCCUUUCAAAAAUAAAUAUAAUAUUGUGAUGCCUUUUUUUUUGCUACGGGUAGUACAGACUUAGAUCCUUUCAAGACUAAACGGUAGAUAUACGUGCUAUAAAUAAGUGCUAUAAUAUUUUAUAGUAAUCUUGAUUUUCGUCAAGUAGUGACUUAUACCCUUUCAUAAAUAAGCAAUUCAACUAUUGUUAUUCUUCAUUAUCUUGAUUAUAACAUAGAAAAAAAUAUAUUUUAAAAAAAAUGUAAAGUAUCCCGUUUUGCCCACCUGGUUGGGUAAAAUGGGAUGGUGUUUAAAAAUAAUUAAAAAAUAAUAUUAAUCGUUAAUUUUAAUUUAAUGAAGUUAAAAACAGAACAAAAUAAGUGUCUUAUAAAAUCCUUAAAAGUAAAUAAACAUUAAAAUUACUAAUUUAGCCAUGACAAAAAUCGCAUGAGUACGGCCCAUCAUCAUUCUCCACUCCGGCGCAAGCUUCGUGAGCCCAAUGUCGACAGUCCUGACACAUAACCCAACCGUCGUCAGCUUUAGAUUUCGAGUAUAGCUCUGUACAGUAAAUGCAACUUUCAUCAUUUUCUUCCUCUUCCUCUGAACUGCUGUCAAUUUUUUUUUUCUGUCAUUUGUUUUUUUUUUUGCUUGUUGACAGGUUUAUUAUUUUUAUUUUUUCCUUUAUUAUUCUUUACUUUUUGAUUUUCUUCUAGGUUUAGUUUGGGUUUCUUAAUGGGCUUCUUUUCUAGAUAUUUCCAGUUCUUCUUUGUACGGUGUUGAAGUUAGCACAGCCGUUUUUCCUCUUCUCCUGUCAUUAGCAUUUACUUGUCCUUCGGCGUGAGGAAUUGGAACUAUUUGUUCAGGUGUUACUUGAAAAUUGGUGGUAGUGUACGAACAUGAGGGAGUCGCAUUUCCAUAAAAGUUUCUGCAGGAAAUAGGAGGAGGGAUAUUAUGCAAUGUUUCCUUAUCCGCAAGCGGUUGGCGAGGUUUCUCUGGUGUUGAAGAAUCUGGUCUGAUCUGAUCUGGCGAUGUUCUUGGAGAAUUCUCAAUAUUUUCCAUGUCACACCCUAUUUCUUCUUCCUUUGUAACUUGGUCUUGUGGAGUUGGUGAUCGUAACUGGCCGACGUGGGUGUUGUUGCAUCCAUUUUUGAACCUCUGACGUAUAAAAUGUACUAACCGGUGACAUAAAACUAACGUCUAGUGGUUGUAACCGGUGUGUUGUAUGCGGUGGGAAGCAUAGCAUUAUUACACCGCAUUCUCUAGCUCUUCUUAUUACAUCAAUAUUUUUUGUGUGGGUUGUAUGUCCGUCUAACAGUAACAGGACAGGUUGUUCUGUAGAGGCCUUUGAAAAGUCAAUAAAUUGAUUAAACCACUUUAAAAAUAUCUCUCUGUGCAUCCAGCCUGAUGAAUGAAAAAAGGCUGUACUACCAGGAGGAGCAUCAUCUAGCAGCUCUGGCUUUGCUCUUGAUCUUGGGAAAAUAAAGGCAGGCGGCCUAAAUAUACCAGUGGCACUCAUGCAAAUUUCCACCGUAACGAGAACACCGCGUUCAGCGGAAGAUAUGCAGCCAACUUGCCUCUUCCCACGCAGCGAUAAACAUUUGGAUCUUUUCUUUGGCACUGUCAUUAUACCUGUUUCAUCGACAUUGUAAAUCCGCCCAGGCGGUAUUUUAUAUUUUUCAAGCACGUCAGAAAGUAAAGAGAAAAAAUUUUGUACAGAUAAUCUAUUAAAGCCCAUAGCUCUAGCAAGUGAUGUUGGUUCGGGUGUGCGAAGUUUAACGUUUGAAUGUCUCUCUAGAUUUGUAUAACCAAGCUUUACCUGCCAUUUUUUUGUUUUUAUUAAAUUGAUGAGCUAAUCCAUUGCGUUCUGCUAACUGAAAAGCCAAACUUCGGAGGUCACUUAAAGUAAAUCCAAAAAGUCUUGAUUCCAUAUGCAAAAUGUGUUGCACCAAUUCUGCUUCUUGCUCCUCAGAAAAAACUGGUCUGUGACGCCCUAGUCCUUUUUUCGCCGAAUUUUCUCGUUCAAGAGUCCCUUUUUUAAUUUUAUCAACUCUGGCUGCAAUUGUUGUUCGUGGUACCCCAAAUUUCUUUGAAGCCUUAAGGUAACCCAUUCUUCCUUCGAGAACCUCUUCUAUGGCUUGUUGCAUACAUUCCUCAUCCCAAGACUGUCGAUUAGUUUUUCUUUUAUAUUUGCCCAUUGUAAGCCUAAAAAAAAUAAACACUCAUUAUAUAAAAAUCUCACUCUGUCUUUUUAGCAGUUGGGUAAUAUUUUUUUGUUUAAAAUCUAUUUAAUUUUGUAGUAAUUUUGUAAGAGGCAUCUGAAAAUAGAUACAAGCUAAUAAAAGUAAAUAAAUAGGUUAAUAUUAAAAUGUAAAGCCUAAAAAAUAAAUACCAAGCUAAGCCAUAAUAAAUUUAGGCUGUAUAGAACUUUUAUUCAAUAACAGCAUAUUGAUUAAAAUUAUUAUCAGCAAUUUAGCCUCUGUCAUAGAAUAAACAUAUCAUGCCUAUAUAUGGCGUUGGGUAAACGGGUAAAACGGUCCCGUUUUACCCACCUCCCAGGUAUCCCAUUUUACCCAACUGCACAUGAUUAAAGUUUUUUCUAAAUUUCCACAACAACAACAAAAAUUAUAGCAUUCACUUAUCUCUCAAAAUACAGCCAAUGACCCAUAGAAUCAUAAAAAAUACUCACCCUUAUUUAACUGCCGGCUUUAAUCUGACAAAAUCGUAACAAAACUCUACAAAACAAAAUACCGUAACCUUGCUUUAUUAAAGUGUCAAUUGUCACUCACCGCAAUGACAGAAUUAAUAAGAAUCUCCACUUGCUAUAUUUCGACAGACGUUAUUUUUAGCGAUUGACACCGUCAUUCAACAGAUGGCGCUGCUUGUUUUAAGAAAAGGACCGGUAUCCUGUUUUACCCGACUAUCCCGUUUUGGCCAACCCUCCCCUACUAAAUAUUUCUAGGCGAUCUUCUUCUCAAAUUUUCGUUUUGCAUUUCAGUUUACAUUUUUCGCUACAUGGGGCUUAAGUUUGCGAGGCUUAGCUGUUUUUUUUGUCCGGCAAUUUUAUUUAUAACUUUGCCCGGUAUUUCUUAAACGUUUUGCCACUUUUUUUUCCAGCUGGACAUAUCACAUACUCUUUUUCUUCCCUUUUUUUCUUUCUUUUCUUCCUCUUCAUUGCCGUCAAUGGGGACUCCGGCCUGUGAUGCAUUUACUUCCCCAUCAGACUGGUCUUCACUCUCAGAAGAAUUACUGACGUGUUGUGGGUUAAAUAAAAGAUCAUUAAUGGGAUCUUCGCAAUCUGAAAAUAUAUAAUUUUCAUAAACUGAUGUAUCUAAAAUAUAAUGCUCAAAUUAUAUUAAGUAGAUAGCUAACUUAGAUUUCUUACCUUCAUCUGAUGACUCGGAAUCUGAACUAGAAGAUGAAGAUGAGCUGCUAGAGUUGAGUCAGAAUUAAAACUCGUGGUUCUCCUUCUAUGACUUCAAUUUUUCUUUCUCUUCUCUGGUUUUUUCAGAAUUACUUUCAGUUAAAAGUUCACCCGUCGGCGUCGACCUGGAGUUUUUUUAAAGGUAUCUCUGUAGAAAUUAUGUUUGAAGCAUCUUCAGAUCUGGCUGUAAGUCAAAUAACUUUUUGGAUAUAUUUGCAUACAAUUACAAAUAAUUGAAAUUGCUUUUUUAACACAUUUUAUAUGUCUAAAUUAUUUGAACAUCUUGUACAACUUUAAAAAUACUACCUACUUACCUACUUAUUUUAAUUCAAUAUUUUUUUCUAGGCAAUUUUAUUAUUAAGUUAUUUUAAUUAACUUACAUGAAUUAUCCAAAUGCCUCUGUACUAUUGAUUGCCAUUUCUACUAACAUCCUUCCACGGCUUGUCAUUUUGUCUGCUAAAUCACUGCCUGAAAUGUAAUUGUGUUUUUUUUAAAUGUCUCUGGUCUAAACAAAAGGCUUUUGUUAAAUGCCAUUUAAAAUCAAAAUAAGUAGAUUUCAACCAAUUAAUUACUUUUUAUUUAUUGAUUACAACAAUAGUCAAAAAAACGAACUAUUUACAAAUUAAUUUUACUUGAAUAAAGUCACAUGUCAAAAAAUGUCUUAUUAUUUUUUAAUUGAUUGACUAGAAUACAACUCAACUCAAACUAAUACCAUGUUUAUUUAUUAUGCUUUACGACAAUAACGGCAUAUCUCAAAAUAAUACUCUAUUGCAGAAAAAAAUUAACGUCAAAACAGUCUUAAGUCGAAAUGUGACGUUCUCGCUGAAAAAAUGCGGCUUAUCUCUUAGCCUGCCACAACGCAACUAAAGAUGUGUCAUUAUUAAAAAAAAACGAUGUUCCAAAUGUUAAAAAUAGAAGAACGUCACUAGUGCGAUUUCGCGGCAACCAUUGACACCAGAUAAAAAGUACAUUGAAUUUAAGAAUAAGGUUACAAAUAUCUCAAAAAGUGGGAUUUUUGACUUGUGUCACUCUUCUCGAAAACCGACGAUAUGCAAUGGACAAAAAAGUUUAAGUUCAAGUCAAACUUUUCUAUUUUAAAUGACUAUUACAUAUUUAAAUAUUUUGUAAAUUUGAUGUUGGCAGUUUUAUAAUGUUAAUCUGGCAACAUCGAAUUUCCAAUGAUUCUCUUAAAUUUGAAAAUGUUUAACCAAACAAAUACCCUUAACCUGGGCACCACCCUGAAUCUCACAAAACACACUUUGGAAUGAAACGUGAGUUCCACAAAGAUUUACUAUGGAAUUUAUUAGAUACCGUGUUAGGUGUAUAGCAUGUUCUUGUUUAUGUGAUAUAUUAUAAUUCUAUAUAUGGUAAACCCGUCUUGUAAAUAUUUUUAUAUAUUUUUAUAUUAUGUUGUUGAUUCUGUACGAGAAUGAAUAUGUGAAUGUUUUUAUUAUCUUUAGAAAUUUAUUAUUAUUAUUAUUAUUAUUAUUAUUAUUAUAUUAUAGUUAUAUGUAGCAUUUUUUCAGAUGUCUAACGUGAUUAUUAUAAAUAGUUUUUCCCUGAUCCGGCAUAUUCGGAACCUCUUGGGAGAAAUUGUGAUUCUCCCUGUGCAAUUCGUGCUUAGAGCAAUACGUUAACAGGGUUUCGCAUUUGUUUUUUUUAUUUCCUCUCAUUUCUUUGUACGCACAACGUAUUUAGGAUGUGAUACGGCGUUUUGCAAAUUCGACUAAAUUUCAAAGCCACGAUAUAAUUAAUUCAAAACAAAAGAGUGAAUUUUUGUACCAUGACCUUUAAACUUUUAGGUAUAUUAGAUCGAUGAGCUAAAAAAAAAAUUGUAGAACUUGUAGCGUAGGGUUCUUCUUUUAGUGCAAUUUUUUUUAGCGGUUUAAUUAAAAACAAAAACAAUUCGUGGGAAAUGUUAAAAUUAAAACACCACUACUCAAUGUAAUAUUUAGGUAUAUGUGCCAUAUUAAUAUAAAGAAACUAACAUAUUUAAGGAAGGAAACAAUAUUAAGGCAGAUGUUCUUUUUGGAUGCAAAGUGGCCCUUUAGUAUUUACACUACUAGUUAUAUUUUCGAUGGAAUAUUUUUUUGUUAUUGGUUAUUUAGAUUCUACAUGAAAAUUCAAGAAAUUUGGUCACCUGUUAUACUUUGGUCAAAUAGUUUGGGAGAUAUAAACAGUUGAAAGUCAUCCAAUUUUUUUGACAAAAACCUAUUUUCAACUGUUUAUAUCUCCCAAACCAUUUGACCAAAGUGACCCUUCAAAUUUGUAAUACAAAAAUGUAAUAAUAUAUAAGCUGUCUUAUUCAUUAUAACGAAUUUCAAGUCAAAUUUUAAAAAGUCACUGGGGCUAAUUUCCCUAUUUUAAAUGGAACACCCUAUAGAUUAUUACAUGUUCGAAACCUUCGUGAAACUUUAGGAAAUUAUUUGAGUCAAUGAAAAUCAUUUCCGGUAUAACCGGAAGUGCCUAUAAAUAUUUUGAACAUAGAAUCAACGGACGCAACACCUAAAGGACCACUCUGUGUAAGUUUUUGGGUUAUAUACAGAUAUUUAAAAUAAUGCCCUGUUUUUAUAAGGGGAUUCUUGUAUUUCAACGUUUUUUAAUUGUGUCAAAUAAAAACAUAAAGUGGAAAAUGAA